AUGUCCAUUCAACUACCAGUAUUCAACUUUGAUGGUGACUCAAUAUAUGAAUAUACGAGAUGCUCCAUAUGUAACGGCCAAUUAAAUGAUCCGAGACAAUUACCUUGCUUGCAUACAUUCUGUUAUGACUGUCUAGAAGAUUACACCAACAUCGACUAUCAAAAUAAUGAAUUCGUAACAGAUUUCAGCAAUAACAACUCUUUGUUUGAGUCAAUUUUACUGAAAACAUCAAAUUUUGUCAAUCACAGUUUUGGUGGUGCUCAUUCAAACAACAAGAAUAGCAGAUUGCUGGAUUUUCAGUGUCCAACAUGUCAUAAGAAGAUAAGCAUUCAGCCAGGUGGUUUGCCCCAGUUGCCACGAAAUAUUUUUUUGGAGAAACUUAUUAAAGUUCACGAUCCGUCUGAUAAAAAGGAAAAGCAUUCCAACGUAGUUUGCCAAAUUUGCAAAGGAAUAAAUUUUUGUGGGGGAACUAAAUCUGAUGCGUUCGCAGUUAAAUUUUGCUCCGACUGCAAGCAACAUUUGUGUCACAGAUGUGUUGAAUAUCACCGUUUGCUGAACACUACAAGCAGUCACAAACUUUUAACCAUAGGCUCCGACGAAGAACUCGUGCAUCGCUUAGAUGAAGUAUACUGCAAAACACAUAGCUCAGAAAUUAUUGACAUUUAUUGCAAAAUAUGCAAUACAACAACGUGCCGUCUCUGUUUUUCUACAUCCGAUCACUCCGGCCAUUCAGGAUGCGGCAUUUUGGAGGCAAGUAUAGAAUUAAAAGAAUUAAUUCAAACUGAAACGCAGGACUUAUCAAAUGAGUUGGAAUACAUUAAAAAAAGUUUGCAUGAAAUCGAAGAGGUAACCGACAGAUUUAACACAAACAUUGAAAAUAUAGAAAACAGUGUUCAAAAUAAAGAAGAAGAACUCAAAGUUAUAUUGAUGAAACAUUCUGAAAAAUUGAAAAAAGAAAUUGAAGAAAAAAAAUUUAGUUUCAACAAAGAAUUGGAAAAAGUAAAAAAAAGUCUGGAAGAUCAGAAAAUAAUUGUUGAAGAAUAUUCCAAAUAUUCUCAACUUUUGCUCUAUAAAGCCACACCUGAUAUACUAGUUUGUUCAGCUAAAGAAAUUCUCAGAAGAUUUAAAGAGCUUAGGAAAACGGCAUUUGCAGAGCUAUCUUAUGAGGUGGAACCCUCUUUUGUUCCAUCCAAAAUAGCCACUGAAGUUGUAUUGAACAGAAAAAUGAGUAUUUGUGGUGGUGUCCCGGCUGGAACGAUAAGAAACAAAAUUUUUUCCGAAGGAGCCAUAGAUGACAAUUUGAUUGGUUUUCUGGAAUUCAAAACAAAGUAUUCAAAAAAACGCCUGGCAUCGUUGACAAUGACAAAACAGCCAGUAGUAAUGCAGACAUUUACAUUUAAUGAUUACGCAAUUUGUAUGGCCCUCGUAGAAGACGACGACGAAGAUUAUUUGUGUUGCGCCACCUACUCAUCAGGAGAAAUUGUUAUAAAGGAAGCUAGAAACAUAGAAAACAGAAAAAUAGGUUGA